AUAAUUUCUUAUCGGACUAAACCAAACCACAACGCUUGGAGUGCUAUUCUUGACCUUUCCCUAUCUGGAUCUAGGGUUUCUCUCCCUUUUCUCUGCAGACUUCACCAUCUUCAACUAAAGAGAAAACAAACAAACAAACCCUAGCUAGCUCCACCUUGACUUUUAGACUGGUAAUUUUAUCAAUCAAUAUCAUCAUCGAAGGAACUUUCUAGUGUUUUGAUUUUUGGAUCAUCAUCAUCAAUUUACAGAUCUAUCCGUGUUCAUCUUAAAAAUCUGACCAAAAACAACAAAAAAAGUUUCCUUAAUUUUGUUCCUAUUUCCCUCGAGAUCUUUUUCCUGUUGUAAUUUCAAGGAAAUCGGAUUCAGAUCAUAUAAUGACUUUCUUUCAUGGGAAUUUAUGAUCUUUGAUGGACUUCGAAUCAAAAGCUUGAAACUUUGAAGCAAAGAUUGGAAAUUUUUUUGGGGGGUUUUGUGGAAAAAGAUGUAUAAAUCAGUGGUGUAUAAAGGAGAGGAGUUACUGGGAGAGGUUGAAAUAUAUGCACAAGAACAACAGCAAGAAGAAGAAGAGAACAAGAACAAGAGGAAGAGAGUAAUUGAUGAGAUAGUGAAGGGAAUCAGAAUUAGCCACUUCUCACAAGCUAGUGAGAGAUGUCCACCACUUGCAGUGCUUCAUACAAUUACAUCUAUUGGUGUUUGCUUCAAAAUGGAAGAGUCAACAGCAUCAUCAUCAACAAAGAUCUCCUCUCAACAAGAAUCGCCGCUUCGCCUUUUGCUCUCCUCCUGUAUCCAAGAAAACAAGACUGCAGUAAUGCAUCUGGGAGGUGAGGAGCUCCAUUUGGUUGCAAUGCCCUCCAGGAGAAAUGAAAGAAAGCAUCCAUGUUUCUGGGGAUUCAAUGUUGCAUCAGGACUUUAUGAUUCUUGUCUUGUCAUGCUGAACCUCAGAUGCCUUGGCAUUGUAUUUGAUCUUGAUGAAACUCUCAUAGUUGCAAAUACAAUGCGCUCAUUUGAAGAUAAAAUUGAAGCUUUGCAGAAGAAAAUAAGCACCGAGGUGGACCAACAGCGAAUUCUUGCUAUUAUUUCAGAGAUCAAGAGGUAUCAGGAUGACAAGAUCAUUUUGAAGCAAUACUUGGAAAAUGAUCAGGUUAUUGAAAAUGGAAAGGUGAUCAAAACACAGUUUGAGGUCGUCCCGGCCGCGUCUGACAACCAUCAACCUUUGGUUCGCCCAUUGAUACGGUUGCCAGAGAAAAACAUAAUUUUUACUCGCAUCAAUCCACAGAUUCGUGAUACAAGUGUACUUGUGAGGUUGAGACCUGCCUGGGAGGAUCUUAGAAGCUACUUGACUGCAAGAGGGCGCAAGCGUUUUGAGGUUUAUGUUUGCACAAUGGCUGAAAGAGAUUAUGCUUUAGAAAUGUGGAGGCUUUUGGAUCCAGAAUCAAACUUGAUAAACUCAAAUGAAUUGCUAGAUCGGAUUGUGUGCGUCAGCUCUGGUUCAAGAAAGUCAUUAUUCAAUGUCUUUCAAGAUGGAAUAUGCCAUCCUAAGAUGGCACUUGUGAUUGAUGACCGCAUGAACGUGUGGGAUGAGAAGGAUCAAUCGCGUGUGCACGUGGUUCCUGCUUUUGCUCCUUAUUAUGCUCCUCAAGCUGAAGCAAAUAAUGCUGUUCCAAUCUUGUGCGUUGCGAGAAAUGUUGCUUGCAAUGUUAGAGGUGGUUUCUUCAAAGAAUUUGAUGAGGGUCUUCUGCAGAAGAUACCUGAGGUUGCAUAUGAAGAUGAUACCAGUAAUAUUCCUUCUCCUCCUGAUGUGAGCAACUACUUAGUUUCAGAGGAUGAUGCUUCUGCUGCAAAUGGAAACAGAGAUCCACCUUCUUUUGACAGCAUGGCAGAUGCUGAGGUUGAAAGGCGGCUAAAGGAAGCAGUUUCAGCUUCUUCAACAAUCCCCUCAACAAUUCCUUCAACAGUCAGCAGCUUAGAUCCAAGGCUUCUUCAGUCUCUCCAAUACGCAGUGGCAUCUUCUUCAAGCUUGAUGCCAGCAUCACAACCAUCAAUGCUGGCAUCACAACAGCCAGUGCCAGCAUCACAAUCAUCAAUGAUGCCAUUUCCCAACACACAGUUCCCUCAGGUGGCUCCACUAGUUAAACAGUUAGCCCAGGUUGUUCAUCCAGAACCAAGCUUGCAGAGUUCUCCUGCUCGAGAAGAAGGUGAAGUACCUGAAUCUGAAUUAGAUCCUGAUACAAGGAGGCGGCUUCUCAUAUUACAACAUGGGCAAGAUUCAAGAGACAAUGCACCAAGUGAAUCCCCAUUUCCUGCAAGACCUUCAGCACCAGUGUCAGCUGCACAUGUGCAAUCUCGUGGAAGCUGGGUUCCAGUGGAGGAAGAGAUGACCCCAAGGCAACUUAACCGAACACCCAGAGAAUUUCCUCUAGAUUCAGAUCCAAUGAAUAUUGAAAAGCACCAAACUCAUCAUCCAUCCUUUUUUCCCAAGGUUGAGAGUAAUAUCCCAUCUGAUAGGAUGAUUCAUGAGAAUCAAAGACUGCCAAAAGAGGCACCUUACAGAAACGAUCGGAUGAGGCCAAACCAUUCAACUCCCAAUUAUCAUUCUUUCCAAGUGGAGGAGACUCCAUUGAGUAGAUCAUCCAGCAACAGGGACCUUGACUUGGAAUCUGAACGUGCUUUUACAAUUUCUGAAACUCCAGUUGAAGUUUUGCAAGAAAUUGCGAUGAAGUGUGAAACCAAGGUGGAAUUCAGGCCUGCUUUGGUUGCUAGCAUAGAUCUGCAGUUCUCCAUUGAGGCUUGGUUUGCAGGAGAAAAGGUUGGUGAAGGAACUGGUAAAACAAGAAGAGAAGCCCAACGUCAGGCAGCUGAGGGUUCUAUUAAGAAGUUAGCUGGCAUAUAUAUGUUGCGUGCGAAGCCUGAUUCUGGGCCCAUGCAUGGGGAUUCAAGUAGAUAUCCUAGUGCAAACGACAAUGGUUUCUUGGGUAAUAUGAAUUUAUUUGGAAAUCAGCCUUUGCCUAAAGAUGAGCUAGUUGCAUAUUCAGCUGCUUCAGAGCCAUCCAGGCUUCUGGAUCCAAGGCUGGAAGGCUCUAAGAAAUCAUCGGGUUCUGUCACUGCACUCAAAGAAUUUUGCACGAUGGAGGGACUUGGAGUAAAUUUUUUGGCACAGACUCCACUUUCAGCUAAUUCAAUACCAGGAGAGGAAGUACAUGCACAGGUUGAAAUAGAUGGACAGGUUCUUGGGAAGGGGAUUGGGUCGACAUGGGAUGAAGCUAAGAUGCAGGCUGCCGAAAAGGCUCUUGGAAGUCUAAGAACAAUGUUCGGUCAUUAUACACAGAAACGACAGGGUUCCCCUAGGCCAAUGCAAGGGAUGCCAAAUAAACGUCUAAAGCAAGAGUUUCCGCGAGGUCUGCAGCGCAUGCCCCCUUCUGCUAGAUAUCACAAGAAUGCUCCUCCUGUUCCUUGAAGACCAUACAGUACCUCCUUUUUCCCACUGUGUUGUAAUAAAUGCCGAUUGUUUGAUCCCGAGCCACCAGUUGAAUCAAUGGUUAAGUCUUUUGCGAUGUGUAACAUGAAUCCAAGAAGAGCCCCCCCCACCUGACCAAAUCUUAUUGCAGAGUUUUUUCCAAGUGACUGCAAUUCUGUGAUGUUCAUAUAUUUGUGAUUUCCAGCUGCUUUUGUCUCAACUCUCCGCGUCAAAAUGCACAGAAGACUUGUGCAUCAAGAAGGGCAAGGGCUACAAAGACCCGAUCACUGCUGGGCAGUCGAUGCUGCCAUUGCCUUGGGAGAAGUCACUAGGUCCGGACUGUUUAUGAUGUGUGCAUGUUUAACCGAAGUAAAAAAUUGAUGAUGGAGAGUAGUUUCUGGCUACAUGCUCAAAGUCUCGGAACAUACUUACUAUUGACAGUGUUGAUGUAAAAAAUCUAACCAGUCAGUUUAUGUUGGCUCUCUCCACCUUACCGGAUAAGUUCGAUCUUGAGUUUAACCUAAUAAGCAAACGUAACAGCUUCAUUUGUUUAAAUGGGUUUAAAUUUGUCA